UGCCAUUGGCUGGUUUAAGUAAACACCGUUGACGGAUCCUGUGAUAAAAGCAGGGACUCGCAGCCCUUCACGACGUUUAGUCUCUUCCCCGGAGUAACAGCCCACGUAAGUUAAACUAGUCGCUAUACAUCGCAUGGAAAGGAUAAGCAGGUAUCUGUCUCUUCCCACGCUCGGAACGACUGCGCGCAGCGACUGUUCACAGUAAGUUCCACGAGGCUGUUCAACAGGGUUUGACUCUUCCCACUUGCCCCUCCCCCAGCAGAGAAAAUGUGGCUCCUGGAGAAGAUCCGUGGUUCUGUGGAAGGUAACGUGCUCCGGCAGGGUGACUCGGCCGACAAGCAGAGCAAGACCCCCGCCUACAGCAACGUCCUGACGCCCGACAAGAUCCCUGACUUCUUCAUUCCGCCCAAGCUGGUGUGCUGCCCACCGGAGGCCGAAACUCCUGAGCUGAAGCCCAAGAAUGGGCUGCACUCCUCGGCCUCGGAGCAGGCCAUCUGCAGCAAGACGCCGCAGUGCAGCACGCGCAGCCCGCGCCUCAUGUGCAAGCUCGCAGGGGACACCAAGAAUCUGCUGAAGGCCGCCAACCGUCACAUCAUCCAGAUCGAGAGCGCUGAUGACCUAGCGGCUGGCGACGCAGGUGACCUCACCACCAACGCCGACCCGCAGUCCCAGACGGCCAUGUCGCUGCCGUACGUGCCAAAGGCACAGACGUCGUACGGCUUCGCCACGCUGAUGGAGAGCCCGCACACGCGCCGCAAGGAGUCGCUGUUCCACAGCGACCCCACCAGCCCCCUGACUUCGCCCAACGUGCAGCGCCGCACGCAGGGCAACCACCUGAACCCGAGCGACUGCAACACGGCGCACGCCAACCCGUACCGCUACUUCAGCGGUGGUGAGAGCGACACGUGCUCGUCGGCCGAGUCGUCGCCCUUCAACUCGCCGCUUCUGUCGCGCUCAGCCUCGCUGCUGCGUAUGGUGACGCACGAGACACGGGUCAAGGUGUCGCGCGCCCGCCGCUCGCUCGCGCGCCACAGCUCGCUCUCCACGGACGAGUGCAGCUCGGUGGAGACCAGCCCCAGCGUGCCACGCCGCCGCCACUGCCCCCCAUCGCCGGCCUUUGGCGGGCGCAAGGCGGGCGCCGGCGCCGGCGCCGAGCGCCUCACGCAGCACACGGUCAACCUGCACAAGGGUGGCACGCUGCGCCUGUGCGCGGACUACGACACGGAGGCAGCUCGCCUGCGCGUGCGUGUGCUCGCCGCCGAGGACCUCUACGAUCGGCAGGUGGACGUGAAGAGCAUCAACUGCUGCGUGGCACUCUACCUGAACCCAGGCAAGCAGCAGAAGCAGAGGAGCACCAUCAUCAAGAACAGCCGCAACCCCGUCUUCAACGAAGACUUCUUCUUCGACUCGCUGUCCGCUGCCCAGGUGAAGACCCUGGCCCUCAAGAUGAAGGUGGUGAACAAGGGUACCAGCCUGAAGAGAGACACCCUGCUUGGGGAGAGAGAGGUGCCCCUCAAGGAGCUCCUCGCUGGUUUCUAGCCUGCAGGCUUCACCCAAACACAACACGAUGUACUGAACUGGAAGAGACAGACUUAUUUUCCCCUCUUAUCUUCCCCUGCGAGAGGUCACCUUUCCAGUUUUGUAGACAGAAAGUAAAUUAGUAAGAAGGGGUCUGUUUGUGUUUGUGCGUAUGUGUUUGUGCAUGCAUUUCAGCAUGCAUUCUUUGUGUAUGCACAAGGUGUGUCAGUGUUUGAAUUCUUUUGUACAUAGCACUUGCUGUAAGCGUGUGUUUGUGUGUGUGUGUUUAAGGAAUUCCUCUGAUUCACUAUGGAAACUGCUUCGAUAGAGCCUGACUGCAGUUCUCUGCACUGCACUCAUGUACAGUGGCUUUGAAGGGGCAUGAUGUUACACACAGAUGCAUGCUUCAUCUGGGCUUCGAAAGCCUUUCCUUGUUAUGCUUCGUCUCUGAGAUGUCCUUAUUACUGGAGCAUGUCAGUGAUCAGGCUGUUAUAUUGUUCCUGAUCUAGAGAUUUCGGUUCCUUGUUCGUUAAUUACUACAAUUCCGAUUAUUUAUUAUUUUUUAUGGGAUGAAAUCACCCACCAGCCUUAUGAACGGCAAACUGCACACAUAGUGACAGAUACAGUACUGUAUGGACAUCUUUUGAUUGGACCUGCUGGUACAACGUCACAACUACUACCCUGUUCCUGUAAAUACUGGGCCACUCAUGGUGUACGUUUGUAACUGGGAGCUUCGAUGGGCCUCACUUGAGUAUUUGCACACUGUCUUGGCAUGUUUGUUGAAAUGUCGUGAGCACAGCUGAGGUGUACUUGCACGGACAAAUGCAUAAGCCAUUUCUUUUCUUAAAAGAUGUUGAAUACUUUAGUGCUACCUAAAAGUACUCGGUUUGCUUUCCUAGCCUGUGGUGGUUACUUAUGACUCACUGUACCCAGUUACUACUCCAAAUAAUCACUGUAAUUGUGUGGAGUUUAUAACUGGCUUCGCUGAAAUCAUCUUGUGCAUUGGUGUAAUGAGCCAAAAGUGACCAGGGCCCCUUAUAGUGCAUCUUAUUUUUCAGAGAGCAUCCUCAAUGAGAGCUCUGAGAGCUCUUUAAUCAAAUUAGCAUUCGGGGGUCUCCACAGUGUAGCAUGGAUAGAAGCUUAUAGUCACUGUUGGCUUAGAGUCACCGGUGUUAACCGGUCAGUCAGCAGAGAAUGGUACCAAUGCUAUUCUCUGGUUUGCUCUGGUUAGUGUUAAAUAAUUUAGGAGGAGGAGUUCAGGUUGGGACCGCCUGCCUGGUCACAAUACAAGGUUAGUCUUUUGAUGGAAAAUGAACACACAAAUAUGAGGGACAUAGAAAGAUGGGCAGGCCCACCAACAAACAGCCUGCCAGCCUGCCAGCCUGCCAGCCAAUCAAAUUCAUUGUUUAGUCCAAUUUUUGCAUAAACUCUGUACUUGGUUUGUCAAGUCACUGAUUACACUCUCCAGGAUCUGUAGCGACCGGACAGUUUUAAAUCCAUUUCCGAGGCUCGCCGCUGAAAUGAUUCUUAGUAAACAGGUGGCAUGAUUCAGAUCUAUUCUGAGCAUUCAUUUGAAGCAGUGAAAUUGCAGGUAUUAGAUUCCCUAUUAGCUCUGUUUCAAGAGCAGAGACUUCCAUUCUGUAGCAGCCAGUGAAAGUGCAAUUAACUAUGGGCAAAUGAUUUUUGAUUGGCAGAAAUCUCUCAAAUUAAAAGACUGAAAGACGGGUCUGCACACAGGAGGGAGUCAGAGGACUCGCUGCUGGGACAUUAGAUUGAUAUUUCAUUUUGGUGUUUCUGUAGAUGAGAUUAAAGUGUCUUGCACUUGCUUUCAGAAUUUUUGAAAAAUAAAGUGCCUAUCCAUGGAACUUGAUGCAUGUCCUUCAGUCUGCCAUAAGGUAGGUCUAUAUGUGCAUCCCUGCUCUUCCCUGAUGUGUGUGUGUGUGUAUGUGGAUUAGCCUGCAUUCGCCAAAUGGAAAUAGAUGUACUGUAAUAUCGUGCCUCCCAGUUCUAUUGUGUGGGAGUUUCUAUAUUUGCUGGUUUUGAAGGUGGUUAUUAUUGGUUUUGAGUGAAUGCGUUUGUCAUUGUGGCCGUUUAACACUUAUUUCACCAAGCAGAGAUUCCAGCAGUGACUUCAUUCUUUGCUAGUCCCCUAAAGCAGUUUUGUCACACUCCUCACUCCUAACUUUCCAUUGAUCCCGUGAACCCAGAGUGAAACAGUAUUGACAUGUCUAUUUUGGUGACUCGUUCAAUAAAGGUUGUGUAGAUGGUG